AAGUGGUAUACAUCAAGAACUUCUGAAAAUACUGGCCGAACUUGACAAGAAGACACGAGGUUUAGCUGGACAUAAGUUAGAGAACAUGCUUUUGUGGUGCUUUAUAAAUGGACGGCCGUGCAAUAAAAGUGAUUUCUUGCCGUUUUUGUCAUCUUACUAUGGAAACUGUUUUACCCUGAAUACAACAGACUUCCUCCAAGGAGCUGAGGGAUCUUUUGACGGAGUGGACAUUGGUCUUUUCUUGGAGCCUGAUGAGUACAUUUCAGAAUUGACAUCUUCUAAAGGAAUUCAAAUAGUGCUACACAAUACUGAGACCUAUCCGUUUACUGAUGAUGAUAGCUUUCAGAUUAAUGGAGCAACACAGACUUAUAUUGCUUUAAAAAAGACAGAAAUCAAGUCUAUGUCCUGGCCAUAUGGAGAUUGCGUUGACAAUAUGGACCAAGAAUAUCUUCAAAAGUAUAACUAUAGAUACUCUUAUUAUCUGUGUAAUGCUUUAUGUGAUAAGGAACCUUUAGUUAAGAUAUGUAACUGCAAACACCAAAGAGAUCCAAUAUACGAAUUAAUCAAUGAUGCACAAGACCUAAGUCUGUGUUCAGAGAGUAACGAAAGUCUGCAAUGUUUGAAAGCAGUAAGUGACAAUACUACAUGUGACUGUGAAAAAGGAUGCAGUACCAACACAUUUACUUACAGGAUUACAUUAUCUCAAUGGCCAUCAUAUGCAUCUGCGAGGUAUCUACUGGAGUAUAUCUGUGAUCGCACUGCCAUGUCAAAUAAAAGAUGUGACGCAUUGAGGAAUCAGUCAGAGCAAAAUUUAUUGGAAAAUUUCGUUAACUUUAAUAUCUACUUCGACUCCAUGUUUGUAGAACAUUACACAGACGAACCGGAUAUGUCAAACAUCGACUUCUUGACAGAGCUCGGUGGAUGUAUUGGAUUGUGGAUUGGCCUGUCCAUAAUAAGUGUGUUUGAAGUUUUCCAGUUUAUGAUGGACCUGGUCGUGGCUAUCUACCAAGCAAGACAAAAAAAAAACGUUGAUUCAAAUAAAUCUUAAUAUUCUUGUUUAUUUAAUUAUGAUAUUAAAAUAUCGUCUUUUCAAGGGAAAUAAGCGAUAAAUUCAUUUUGAGAUUGACGUCAUGUUAUUUUCCCGCCACCUAAGCAUAACCAAUUGGA